CGGCGGGGCCGGCGGGUGCUGACGGAGGAGGCGGAGCUGGGCCGGGCCGGGCCGGCUGGUGGCACCGGCACCGGAGCAGCACACUAGUUACUGCUUGGACUUCACAAAGAGAAAUUCCUGAGCCGGCUGAUCCCUGCAGCCAUUCCCACCAUGGAUCAGGACUAUGAGAGACGUCUCCUACGCCAAAUCAACAUACAGAACGAGAACACAAUGCCUUGUGUAGCAGAGAUAAGAAGAACCUUGACACCUUCCAAUUCUCCAAUGUCUUCUCCUAGUAAGCAUGGUGACAGAUUCAUUCCCUCAAGAGCUGGGGCCAACUGGAGCAUCAACUUCCACAGAAUAAAUGAAAAUGAAAAAUCACCAAGCCAAAACAGGAAAGCAAAGGAUGCUACAUCAGACACUGGCAAAGAUGGCCUUGCCUACUCUGCCUUGCUGAAGAAUGAACUCUUGGGAGCAGGGAUUGAGAAGGUGCAGGACCCCCAGACAGAGGACAGGAGGCUGCAGCCAUCCACCCCAGAGAAGAAAUCUCUCUUCACUUACUCGCUCAGCACAAAACGCUCCAGCCCGGAUGAUGGCAACGAGGUCUCACCCUAUUCCCUGUCUCCUGUCAGCAACAAAAGUCAGAAGCUGCUAAGAUCACCUCGAAAACCAACUCGGAAAAUCUCCAAGAUUCCUUUCAAAGUGCUGGAUGCCCCAGAGCUGCAGGACGACUUCUACCUGAACCUGGUGGACUGGUCCUCUCUUAACGUCCUCAGCGUUGGCCUUGGGACUUGUGUUUACCUGUGGAGUGCUUGUACGAGUCAGGUGACGCGGCUGUGCGACCUCUCUGUGGAAGGCGAUUCCGUGACCUCCGUGGGCUGGUCAGAGCGGGGAAACUUGGUGGCCGUUGGCACUCACAAGGGCUUUGUACAGAUCUGGGAUGCAGCUGCAGGAAAGAAGCUCUCCAUGCUGGAGGGACACACAGCCAGAGUUGGAGCCCUGGCGUGGAACGCGGACCAGCUGUCGUCCGGGAGCCGGGACAGGAUGAUCCUGCAGCGCGACAUCCGCACGCCGCCCCUGCAGUCGGAGCGCCGGCUCCAGGGACACAGGCAGGAGGUCUGUGGGCUCAAAUGGUCCACGGACCACCAGCUCCUGGCCUCUGGAGGCAACGAUAAUAAGCUCCUUGUCUGGAAUCACUCCAGCCUGAGUCCUGUCCAGCAGUACACAGAGCACCUGGCAGCAGUCAAGGCCAUUGCCUGGUCUCCACACCAGCACGGGCUGCUGGCCUCAGGGGGGGGCACAGCCGACCGCUGCAUCCGCUUCUGGAACACGCUGACAGGGCAGCCCCUGCAGUGCAUCGACACCGGCUCCCAGGUGUGCAACCUGGCCUGGUCCAAACACGCCAACGAGCUGGUGAGCACCCACGGAUACUCCCAGAACCAGAUCCUCGUCUGGAAAUACCCCUCACUAACUCAAGUAGCAAAGCUCACAGGGCACUCUUACCGAGUCCUGUACCUGGCAAUGUCCCCUGAUGGGGAGGCCAUUGUCACAGGAGCUGGAGACGAAACCUUACGCUUCUGGAACGUCUUCAGUAAAACUCGCUCGACAAAGGAGUCUGUAUCUGUGCUCAACCUCUUCACCAGGAUACGAUAAACGCCCUCCCUGUGCCCCGGGAACCUACAGCCUGACAUUCCAGGAUCAGACCACUCCCUCGGCGUGCAUGGACCUCCGGAGCCCAGCCAAGGGGAGGGAGAGCUGUGGGACUGCAGGAGGACCCAGCUCAUUAAAUAUGUGCUUGUGACCCACAGGGCUGGGCAGUAUUUGGGAUGGGGUGGGGAGGGGAGGGAACUGCCAAAGGUUUUUGGAUUCAUCCUUCAUUAAGGGAAACGGGUACACGGGCAAUGUUAACCCUGCGUCCUCCGGCCAUCGGGAUGGUGCUGGGCAGGACUCGUGUGACAUGGACCAUUGAGACUGGACCGAGGCCAUUCCCCCUGCCAUGGUGUGCCUCCUGCGAGAGAGGAGCCUGUCCUUGCUGCUGUGGGAAGGGGUUUGACGUGCUGCUCUGUGUCCCAGAGUGCCGUCCCUGGAGGCAGGAGCCAGCCAGGCUGCUGCGGUACAGCUGGUGCGAGGGGCACAGCUCCAGGCUGGGCAUCUAAGGGCUUUGUUCAUAGCCUGGCAUCCCUAUUCCAGGAAGAAACUGGAGAACUGCCUAUUUUCCUUUUUUUUUUCAUUUUUCCCCCAGACAGGUACUGUAGUACUUGACAUGAUCAUUCCAUAAGACAGCUUGAUUUUUUUGGGCAUGCUUGACAGCUGCCUCUGAACAAAUACACCUUGGGGCUCUAGACUUUGGAGGAGACUUGAAAAAGCUUCACCUCUAAGGGAGCAGAUUCGGGAAGUUCUGCAGUUGCUGUUUCAUCUUCUGGGCUGAUCCUGGGAGUUACCAGAGAGCAGAAGCAAGGACUUUAUAAAAAAAGAAACCCACUCAACCACCUGUGCAUGUGGAGCUUCCUUUGGUGCUGUUGUGUGGAUGCCUUGCUCUGGAGUCUCCAUGAGGCCAAAAGCAGUUGGGAUGUGUUUGAGAAAAAAAAUAAAUCCUAAAGAUAUGAUUUUUGGGGUGAGCCGGGCCUCUUCUGGCUGGAAGAGAGUUCUCCUGAAGCAGGGCUGCAGCAUUGCUUUUUUGUUAUCUCCAAGUCCCACACAGGGCCCUGCUGUUGAGUUUUGGUGUGUGGUUUGGGGUUUUUAGGUUGCGUGGGACGAGAGUUCUGGCUGGUGUUGGAGCCCAUGGGAUGUAUGACAAAUGCUCUCUGUGUGCGUGUGUGUGUGGUGCUUUUAAUUUAAGAGAAGCUAUCAGGCUGCACAGCCUGUUCCAUCUGACCUGUGCCUGUGCCUGCCCAGGCCCUGCCUGCCUCCUGCCCUCUCCCAGCGUUGCUUCCUGUUCCCAUGUGCAAUUCCCUGGCUGUGUAUAUAGACUUGUCUUCUCCCUGUAGAUUGCAUAAGUAAUGCUUUCCCUUGCUUUUUUUUCCUUUGUUGUUUUGUCUGCUCUCCCUUCUUUCCCUAAAACCAGGUGGUAGGAAUAUGAUUGUCUGUCCCCAGUCCCACCAGUAUCCUUAGGGUGAGCCAAGGUGUGAGAAGGCCAGUACAGCCUGGACCACGUGUGCCACCACGGCCGUGCCCGUGUCACGCACACUGGGAGUCACUGGUGAGGAGCUGGUGCUGGGAUCAGCCCCCUGGCAGCUCUGAGGCCCACAGGCCCCUUUGUCAUCUCACAGUCUCACUUGCCACCAAAACGAAAUUACCAUGGAGUUUCUGAAACACUGUUUGACUGCAACUGCUUUAGUGUAGCUCUGGCCAUGGGAUGUGAAGCAUGGUUUGAAGUCACCCCCGGGCCUGUCUUGUGUUGUUCGUUCCACUUGUGGGCACUGUUCCACGUCACCGUGGGUUGGGAGCACCCCAAAGCACCCAGGAGGUGUUAAAUUAAGUUGGAUCAUUCAAGUGAGGAAUUGGUUUGAAGUAAAGGGUCACCUGCAGGAAGAGAUGUGUUGUGGGUGUCAUCACCUGGGGAAAGGGCCGUUCAGGGGGGCUGGGGAGGCUGGUGGCUGUGCUGUGGGUUUUCCUGUUGUGGAUGGCCUCCUGCUAAAUAGCACUGUGCAGACCCCCAGGACACACUGCUUUCUCCUCUGGGAGGGUGGAGGUGCUUGGGCUGGGGGUGCACAGGAGGGUUCAGCCUGUUCUAG